GCGAAUCACUUAAUCCAAAGACCUCGAACAGCGAAGUUGUUUUCCACAUAUUCACACACACCAAGAGGGCUCAUUGCUAUUACUUAGAGCACAUCGGACAACGCCUGGAUAAGGAAGAGAGCGCAACAUUUGCUGGACUCAUAACGGACACUUUACAAACAUGGUUCAUACAGUGUGUUGUUUUCGUCUCUCUCGAAGCGUCUGUGUGUUGUUGCUGCUCAUCGACUGCAGUGGAGGCUCAGUAUCCCAGCAGACCUCUCAACUCUCCUCAUAUGAGGUGACGGUUCCAAUACGCAUCAGCAGACAGAGGAGAGACCAGGGCAGUGCAGAGAAGGUGUCAUACAUAAUCCAAGCUGAAGGGAAAGAACAUGUUGUCAUUCUGGAGAGAAAUGAAUUGCUUCUUCCAGAGGAUUUCACUGUGUACACUUAUGCCAAAGAUGGCUCGCUAGUCACAGAGAGACAAAACAUGACAGGUCACUGUCAUUACCGGGGUUACAUAGAAGAUGUGGAAGGCUCUUCUGCAGCACUCAGUCUGUGCUCUGGAUUAAGGGGUAUAAUCCACUCAGAGGGUACCAGUUUUGGGAUCGAACCAUUGGAAGGAUCCUCAAGUAAUGAGCACUUGGUGUAUCGUUUGAAGAAUGUCAAGACAGAAUCUCUCACAUGUGGGAUGCCUCACUCUCAUAACUAUGACGACGGAGCAUCACCAAGGCAACCUACGGAUAGCUAUGUCCAUAACAUUACAUUUGACCAAGCUGGCAGGCAUCUAACCAGGCGAAAGAGGGCAGUGCUGCACCAGACGCACUAUGUGGAACUGCUGUUUGUGGUGGACAAUGAAAGAUUCAACUACAAAAACAGAAACCAGACAGCAGUUCGUGAGGAGAUGGUUCAAAUGGCUAACUAUGUUGACAGUAUGUAUAUAGCUCUGAAUAUUCGUAUAGUGUUGGUGGGGCUGGAGAUCUGGUCCCUGCAGAACCCCAUUAGUACAGACGGCAGUGCGGGAGAGGUGCUGGGCCGCUUCACUCAGUGGAGAGAGAAAGAACUGGCCAACCGUGUUCGCCAUGACAGUGCUCAGCUCAUCCUAAAGAAGAGCUUUGGUUCAACAGCAGGCAUGGCUUUCGUUGGUGCGGCAUGUUCCAGAAGUCAUGGCAGUGGAAUUAAUGCGUUCACCAGUGAUGAUGUGAUGUCAUUCUCCUCCAUCGUAGCUCAUGAGCUGGGUCACAAUCUUGGGAUGAACCAUGAUGAUAACCGAAACUGUAAAUGUGAUGUCACAAACUGCAUCAUGGGCUCAGGGGCAAGUGGUUCUCGCAACUUUAGCAGCUGUAGUGCUGAUGACUUUGAGAAGAUGAUCUUGAACUCAGGUGGCCUUUGUCUGCUGAACAUACCGCGGCCAGACGAGGCAUACAGCACCCCCUUCUGUGGGAACAAGCUGGUGGACGUGGGCGAGGAGUGUGACUGCGGAUCAGAAAAAGAGUGCGAGAAGGACCCGUGCUGUGAACCGAAGACGUGUAAACUGAGGUCAGGUGCUCAGUGUGCGUACGGAGUCUGCUGCAAACACUGCAGGUUUUUAUCUGGUGGCACAAUUUGCAGAAGCAGCACUGAUGAAUGUGAUUUAACAGAGUAUUGUAAUGGCACAUCAGCCCUCUGUCAGAAUGAUGUCUUUAAACAGAACGGCCAUCCAUGCAAACAGGACCAGGCGUACUGCUACAACGGCCAGUGCCAGCACUACGACACCCAGUGCCAGGCCAUAUUCGGCAGUAUGGCUAAAGCUGCUCCCGAGCUGUGUUUUAAGGAUGUGAACUUUAAAGGCGAUCGCUUUGGAAACUGUGGCUACCAUUCCAGUGGCUUCAAGAGGUGUGAAAGCAGGAAUGCCAUGUGUGGAAAGCUUCAGUGCGAGAAUGUUCAGUCGUCAGUCAUUUUUGGGAUCAAGCCGUCAAUCAUCCAGACCCCCAUCGCUGACAAAACCUGCUGGGGUGUGGACUUCCAGCUAGGCUCGGACGUGCCUGAUCCUGGCAUGGUCAACGAAGGCACCAAGUGUGGAGAUAAUAAGGUUUGUUUCAAUUAUGAAUGCAGAAGUGCAGACUUGCUGAAUUAUGACUGUGAUGUUGAAAAGAAAUGCCAUGGUCAUGGGGUUUGUAACAGCAAUAAAAACUGCCACUGUGAAUAUGGCUGGGCUCCUCCAUUCUGUGAGGCUGAAGGGUACGGAGGAAGCAUCGACAGCGGCCCCACCUGGAAUGAUAAAGAUACCUCCACAAGGGAUGGUCUGCUUGUGUUCUUUUUCCUGGUUCUUCCUCUACUGGCGUUGGCUCUGUAUGUCUUCUUCAAGAGGAACGAGCUGAAGGGACGCUUUUUCAGAAAGAAACGCUCUCAGGGCUACGAAGCUGACAGCAAGCCGCAGACUACUGCAUCCCAGCGGGGAAAUCCUAACAGUAUAGUAAAGGAUGGGGUGGUUCAGACUAAUAAAUCGGCUUCUGUGCCAUCUUAUACCACCAGACCACCACCACCUCCAUUUGCAAGACCACCUGCUCCUACCCAAUAUUUCAUGCCUCAAAGACCAGCGCCUGCCCCCCCAGUAUAACACAUAACACAGAUGCAAGACUGACAGUUGUAUUUCUGUCUGUUUAUGACGAUGGAUGGACCUAGAGUGAAAUGUAUGAGUGGAGAUGAGGAGUCAGUGGUCGCACUCUUCCCAACUUAUUCCUGUCGGUUUGUAAACAGCUGUCAACUGUCAAUCAAACAGAGAGACAGUCACUGUUGUGCAAAUAACCUUCACUUGCAAUACAUCACAGAGUUGAGGGUGGGAGCAAGAGAACUUAUUAGCCAGUAAAAUGUCUCCCACCUUUCUGUGUUUAAACAAAAGAUGUCUAUGGCAACAGACUGAUAUCCUAAUUGUGUUCUUAUUCUGUUGUGCUAUAAAGGACCACUGCGACUGAUUGCACUUCAGUCAUUUUCACUGUUUUAUAGAAAUGUACAGAGAACCUUUGAUUUUAGGCUGGAUUUAAAAGUUUUGACAUAAUUCCCCCCUUAUUGUUUUUUUUUUGUACACUUUUUGGUGCAAAAUGUAUUUUAAACUCCACAAUCAAACACCGUUCUCCAGAAUUAUUAUUUUUUUUAUAUGUGUAAAUGACAAAUGGACAAAUGCUAUAAUUUACUGUGCUAGGCAUCCCUAAGAUAUUACAAAGAUAUCAAGUCACUCACAGUAUCUAAAUUAGAGGUAGACCGAUAUGUCGAUAUCAGUGCUGAUAGUUAAUCAUUUCAAAAUAAGAGUCCCCAGUAUGUUUCGGGCUUGUUUAGCGUCAUUAAACUGCAUCUGGGGUUGUAUUAAUUUAGGACUAUUUUUUUCUGUGCCCGCCAUAGUAAGGAAAGGAUACAAUUUAUAUACAAUUUAUUUUUCAUUUUUUUUUGACAGUUUAUAAAUACAUUUUAAAAACUAUCAGAUGAUUAAUCGGUUAUCAGCCUUUUCCACUACCUUAGUUAUCAGUAUCAACAAAAUCCACUAUCGGUCAACCUCUAAUCUAAAUGGCCCAUGGUAACUGCUAAUUAUUCUUUGUGCGCUGUGGAACAUAAUAACACAAAUUCAGGUUUUCUAAUGCUGCAGUUUGAGAAAAGAGAGAAACCUUUUUAUUUGAUUUUGUUGCUGCCCAACAAAGUGAUUUAAAUCUAUAAUUUUACCAUUUAUACAUAGUUUUAUUUACGUGCUUUUAUUUAUAUGUAGGGUUUAUAUCAAUUCCAUUUUUUUGUUUUUUUGCCAAGUGAAAUUCUGUCCCCAUUACUGAGGCAAAAAUCAGGUAAAUAUAUAAUUGCUUGUUUUUGACUGAUUCUGACACUUUAUGAUUUACUGCUGGUUUAAUUGGUGUUAGCGUUCUUAUUAAGUACAAAAAACUAUAACAAAAAAAAACAAAAAAAUUAACCAUAUCUUCACUUCAAGGGCUACAAGAUUUUAUGCACGAUAUCAUAUACUAUGCCAUAAAUAAAAAGUUUCUUCCUUUCUGAAACUAUUUAAAAAAGAAUGAAAAGACCAUUGUGUCUGCAUGUAUGAUGUUCUUGUGAAAGACAAAUCUCCUUGUGAUGAACGUUACACCACACAGGGUAGAGUACAUGUAGAGUUCAGUAUAGUAUGUAUCAAGUCAUGCUCCAAGCACACAACCGGUUGUAGCAUACCUCUGCUGGUAUGUUACAUUAGGAGACUUCCACAAUAACAAACUCAGCCAAGUGCCAUACAGUACAUGUCUGAUAAUAAUGAGUAUUAUUUUACAUCACUAUGUUAUAUUAAUGUGUAUAAUUUGAAUGAAUCAAUCAAUCCCUCUUCUUGCACUGCAUUUCCACUCAUGCUACAGGUGAAGCAGCUAAUAGCAGUUUAUGGUUUGUUUAUGUUUUAUGAAGGAUAGAUUCAAUUUACUUUGGGUUACCUUUAGUGUGUUGGUGAUUAUUUUGGUUUUGCAUAUGAAAAUAAAAAUCACUGGUAUG